AUGAGGGUGACUUCUAGGGACAAGGCGGAGUUCCCUUCAUACCAAUUGAGGAAAGUUGCUCAAGUAUGGUACAUCCAAUUGAAAGAUAAUAGGUUGGUUGAGUCGGGUCCUAUAGAGUGGGAAGAGUAUAAGGAGGCUUUCUUAGGAAAGUAUUUUCCCCAUGAAUGGAGGGAGGUUAAGGUUGAAGAAUUCAUUAACAAUAGGCAAGGGAACAUGAGUGUGGAAGAGUACUCUUUGAAGUUCACAUUGCUGUAUAAGUAUGCUUCAUACUUGGUGUUUAACUCUAGGGAUGAGAUGAGUAGGUUUGUGACCGGUGUCGCCGACCUUGUCAAAGAAGAGUGUCGUACGACCAUUCUCCAUGGUGACAUGAACUUUUCUAUGCUUAUGGUGUUUUGGAAGAAGCAUUUUGGGAAAUGUCUAGUCGGCAUCCGAGGAUGCUUUGAUUGUGGUAAGGAUGGUCAUAAGGUGAAGGAUUGUCCUACUAUCACAGCUAGAGGAAGAGAAGCCAAGAAAGUUCCCCCUAGUGCUCCAGAAGAGGAUGCUCCAAAGAGGAACUGGUUCUAUGUUCUUCAAGCUAAACUAGCAAAAUUCGGUAGGUUAUAG